AUUAACUUUCUUUUUACGGAAGAAAAGCGAAAUCCUGUUUAAAAAAAAUCUGGACCAUGCUCAAUGUUUGGUUUCAGAUCUAACCGAAUUGUACCGACAAUAUUAAUUUGAUUUUGUUUACAAAAGUUAAUUUUUGUUUAGAAUCUGUUUAAAUGCUUCAAUUCACUGUGAAAAAAUUAAUUAUAUUAUUCUAGCAAUAGAGAAACCAAGUCAGUUAUAAUCUUAAAAAAAGAUGAACAUAAAGUGUGAAGUAUUGCUCAUUUCUGUCCUAUUCAGUGUGCUGGUUUCUCCAACUUCUGGAGAUUUAAAGAAAGAGAUAACAGAAGCGUGCAAUGCUCAAAUACAAUUUACAUCGGACACACAAUGCGCUUUAAAGGUCGUCGGGAUUUCGUUAGAACGACCCAUAGGUAGUAGAUUCGCACCCGCACAGGUGCUUUCGCUUACGACCAUACGAAGAUUAGUUUGCGAUGACUACCCAAAGAUACGAAACCCAUCGUAUGACGAUAAUGUAGCCAAAUGGGAUAAGCAGAUGAUGAAGCUAUCGGAAGAUCUACACAUGAUUGACAAAGGUUGGUUUCUCUACAGUCACUUAAAAGAUGAUCGAACUGCUUUUACCGUCUUCAACAACACCAACAACCGCAACAAAAAUAAGGUUCGUGAUAGCUUAAAGAAGAUACUUCAAAACAAAGGGGCAUCAGACACAGUCGUGGCGAAGAAUCUCAAGCGUUUGUUGAAAUACAUGAAUAGCGCCAUGGCAAAUGUACGCCCUGGUUACGCAAGAGUAAACCGUGCCAUCGGUCCUCAUUUAGAUCCACUUGUGAAAGUAGGAGUGAACAAGACAAAACUUGUUGACUUGACUAGUCAUUCGAUAAGUCUUAGAGAUCACUGGAAUGCAUCGUGGAAGAAUUUUACAAAUGGAGAAGGAAUAGUAACUUCUGAUAUAACACCGGAUUACGAAUGGUUGUUUAAGGGUAUGAAGUAAAAUACUUCAAUGCUGUACUAUCGUCACCCAUUAUAACAGUCUUUUAUAGCGCCUAAUACAUUUCUGUAAAAUUAACAGUCAAUUUUUAUAAAUGUGCAUCUUAAAUGCAGUAAAACCUCCCUAUAGCGGACAUCCUAUAUAGCGGACACCUCUCCACAAGGAAAGCUUUUCUCAGGAACGGAUGAAAUGAUGGGCAAAUUCUUAUAACCAAACCUCUAUUAGUGGACGGGUUAUAUUGGAUGUCAUUUCAACGUCAAAACUUGCUUUACCACCAAAACUUACCUCUUUUUGGCGGACAUGUCUAACAAUGGAUCAUGUAAAAUAGUUCUUGUAAGAAGCCUGUUUGUAUUUUACUCAAAACAGUAUAUUAAAAUAAUAUAACACAAUAUUAAAUUGUCUGCAACAAGAUAAAGCAGUACUGUUUUAAGAAGUCUGAUUUUGUUCUUAAUUUUUUGAAUGGAAUAUUUACAAGACUUAGUUUCUUUGGGUAUCUUUUCUCCUAAACCCAUCCUCUUUGCACAUUUAUUCUUUAUUAUAUCCCAACACUCAAGAGUAGGCUUUUGAAGCAAUAUAAGCGAAUUCGGGACGAUCCUCUAUGUAGGGAACACCUCUAUACAGCGGAUACUUUUGCGGGGUCCCAAUGGUGUCCUCUAUAGUAAGGUUGUACCACUAUUUUGACGUAGCAGCAUGGAUAAUGAUUCUUCUAAAAUCAAGUAGCAAUCAAUUAAAAACGCUUCGCGUUUUACAACUUAUCCUUAAACUUGAAAUUUUUUUCGGUAAAAACAUUUUAAACGAUUUAAACCAAAGCUGUGAUAGGAGAGAUAUAAUUAUAUUUUUAGUACAGAAAUUGAAUUGAAAGAUUGUUACAUGUUUUUUAACUAUAUAAUAGUUAUAAAAUGAUAUAAAGAAUAAUAGCUGAACAGGCGUACCGUUGUUUUCUGUCAUCAGCGCCCAUGCAGAUUAUCCAAUUUUUUUAUAAUUUUUUACUUUUCUACUGAAAACUUUCUAAACAUAACUUUUAGGUUACUGUCUUUCGUACGGCUUUUUUUCGGAAUUUGUAUUGACUGGAACAAGCGGUUAACAUUAAAGUGGAAAAACUUAAAAUCGCUUUUUUUAUUGCUUUUUGCAUUUUCUAAUAUUUUUCCAAUAACUUACGCGCGAUAUUUUGAUCAUUUACAAAUUUUACGUGUUCUAAAAACGAUACUAGAUAUUAUGGCACCCGCUCGAAAACCAUCUCAAAGUUAAAGCGUGCAAACACUUCGGUAUAUCUCACCGGAAAAACCACCAAGGC